AUGGCGAUUAAGAGAGAGAGAGAUGAGAGGGUGGGAGGGCCAUUGUUAUGCAUCGGCGAUCUGCUCAGCGACGUCGGAGAAAGUGAAGCCGGCAGUGAUAAGCUUCCACCGCGCCCCACCAUAACACCUUCACCGGACUACAAAUCCAGCCUCCAACCUUCCGAUCUGAACAACCUUUUCCAGAAAAACUAUGAGCAGCUGAACAAAGCACUUGCUGGUACAGAUAAUUCAUGGACGCAUCUCACACUGGAGCUAUGCACUGCUCUGGAGACUGCAAACAAGUUGGUUCACUCGACCAAUUCUAGUGUUGGCAUGUUGAAGGAUAAGGUUGAGGAGCUUUCAAAAGUCAUUAGUAGAAGAGACUCAGCUAUAGAAGCCGCAAAGGCCAUUGAAGGCUCUCCAAAACAACCUGAGAGCACUUAGUGAAGAUGUCUUAUCAUGAUGAUCAAUUUCCAAGUUGAAGGUCAGCAGUCUUGUUUUAAUCACUUCUAGCUUUUGCAAGGACAUGCUUAGUUUGUUCUUGCCGUAAAUAUGCAUGAAUUAGAGAUAUUUGUACUGGCAAAACUUAAGUUGCACUUGCUGCGGCUGCUUCCUGGUCACCCCCUGAUUAAAAUUACUUGUCAUUUAUCCAGUGGCAUCUGACUAGUUACUGCAUUUCACUAUGUAAUCCUUUUAUUGUAACCUUUGUUCUCAUUAUAUGUAGUGUAGGUUGACUUAUGGUUUAGCGGAUGGAUUUCCUUGUAAGAACCAAAGGUGGCAGUCUUUACUUGCUUUUCUCUAUCAUAUACAAAGCUCUUUCCUCUCUUGUGAAGCCAACUGCAGUAGUUAACAAAGCAUGUAGGAAGUGCUGGCCUUUGGUUUGACAUACUGUAACAGAAUCUUCCCUGAUAAUUUAUUGGCAAUGAAAUAUUGUUUUUUGAUGUGCAAAAACCAGCACUAACAUAAUAUUGGGAGAGUACAAAAGUUAUGCUUGAUCUUACAUCUA